CAGGCGAGGGGGACAAAUAAAGUAGCGGUGUAUGUAGAUGCUAGCAUUUAUGAAGAAUAAGAAGACACUCAGUGAGAGACACGUUGGUCUAGUCUCCUCCAGCAGCGCUCCUUCGUGUUUUAGAUGAGUCACCAUAGAACCCCCUCUGGGUCUGUUAUUACCGGACACACAGCACACCGAACUGAACACUUCCACACCGCGAGGCUUGGCACUGCGCAUGCGCCGUUCCUGGGGAUCACAGCGUUCCGUUGCUGAGGAGGAUGGAGCUGUGUGUGUGAGCGAUGUGCAACAUCUCCGGAGUAUCGCUGCAUCGGACAGGUCCCAAUCAGAAAUAAUUCCAUAACAGUUUUGGCGAGUCAUAUCAGGAGUUUGGCAGAGUCUCCAGAAGGAACCACGCUCUGAUCGGAUCAUCGGGAACGCAGACCUCUAAAUGCCGGCUAGGCUAGAAAUGUCAGGAAACAGUGUAAAUGCUAGCAGAACAUCCCAUAAACAACCAUCAAACUCGGAAUACACAUGGGAAUAUGAGUAUUAUGAAUAUGCACCAGUCUCAUUUGAAGGGCUAAAGGCACACAAAUACUCAAUUGUGAUUGGAUUCUGGGUUGGCCUUGCAGUCUUUGUAAUUUUUAUGUUUUUUGUUCUGACUCUACUGACAAAGACAGGAGCUCCGCAUCAAGAAAAUGUGGAACUACCUGAAAAGAGAUUCAGAAUGAACAGCUUUGUAACAGACUUUGGUAGACCGGCAGAAGUCAACAAAAUGUUCUCCCAUGAUGCAGUUGAAGAAUCUAGGUCACUAUUUCAUUGCUACAUCAAUGAAGUUGAUCACCCUGCAAGUACAAAAUGGACUUCCAAGACUACAGACAAUGGUAUUCUCAUCCAGCAGACUGUUAGAAACUGCAAAGUAGAAGUAGAUCCCAGUGGCUAUGCUAAAUUCAACAUCCCAAACUUUAUAACCGCAGACCAGAAUUCUUCUGCCGAUGAAGAUCUUCUUAUAUACGAUCCCCCAAUUAUACUAGAAAAUCAUCCAGCUAGCUCAGACCAAAAUAGUUUUAUAGACUGAACAACAUCUGUCUAAUUUUUUUUACACUAUGUGAAGGCAAUGAAAUGGAAAAACACAUUUUAUACUGUUGUAUGCACAAAUAAAACUUGCUAUAUUUGGUGCUUUUCUGUGUGAAAAUAAAUGUACUAUUUAUAUGCCUACUUCAAGAUGGUA